AUGUAUUUUUCUCCACUUGAGCAAUUUACAAUUAUCUCUCUGAUCCCCUUCCAUUUAGGAAAUUUUUAUUUUUCAUUUACAAACUCAGCCUUGUUUUUCUUAUUAUCAACCGGCGCGUUUCUUUUUCUUUGUUCGCUUGUCUUCGUAAAAGGAGGAACUUUAGUACCAACACCAUGGCAAUCAGUCGUUGAAAUGAUUUAUGAGUUUGUUGUGAGUUUAGUUUCUGAACAAAUUGGAAAAAAAGGUGUGAAAUACUUCCCUUUCGUGUUCACUCUAUUUACUUUUCUACUCUUAAGUAACUUAAUUGGGAUGAUUCCAUAUAGUUUUACGACAACAAGUCACUUCGUGAUUACUUUUACACUGUCAUUUUGUGUAUUUAUUGCAAUGACUUUAAUCGGGUUUCAAACGCACGGACUCCACUUUUUCAGUUUUUUACUCCCACCAGGAGCACCUUUAGCAUUAGCUCCAGGAUUAGUUGUUAUUGAACUUGUUUCUUACUGUUUCCGUGGUAUUAGUCUUGGGGUACGACUUUUUGCAAAUAUGAUGGCUGGGCAUACUUUAGUUAAAAUUCUCAGUGGUUUUGCUUGGAGUAUGCUUUCAUUAAGCGGUGUAUUAAAAGCAGCAGCGGCCAUCCCAUUUUUAGUUGUUUUUGCUCUUAUGUUCUUGGAGGUGGGGGUUGCUUGUCUUCAAGCCUACGUGUUUACUAUUUUAACAUGUAUUUACUUAAAUGAUGCGAUUCAUCUGCAUUAA